CUUCAUUAUUAUUUAGCACUGUUCUUGGAAGCGGCGUACAGUAUUCUCUGUAGCUCUUCUUUAUGCGACUGUUUUUGACAAAUUUCUGUGUGGUUAGUGCUGCUAACCCCCGCCCUUCUGCUCCACCCACUAUAUUUUCUUCGUCUCCAUCGAAUAUGUCUAGCGGAAAAGGAAUAACUGAGGACGCAUGUUACCGAAUUUUAUUUGAAGAAAUAUCUUCUAGUGACAGCAGUGUUGACUGUGAUGGAAAUGACCCCACAUUCACAAGUUGUGCAAGUUCUAGUCUUGUGUGCAGUCGUGUGGUUCUAAAUGUAACCAGUUGUCUUCAUGGAAAGAAUCAUAUUAUUUUCAUUGACAUUUAUUUUACAUCAUAUUAUCUGUUCAAGGACCUAAAAUCCAAUGGUGUGUACGCUUGUAGAACAAUAAAUCCCAGAAGGGAAAACAUACCAAAACUCAAGGAGGAAAAGGAACUGGAAAGAGGGGAAUUCGAUUACAAAAUAAGCAGUGGUGGCAUAGUAAUCUAUAGAUGGAAAGACAACAGGGCAAUCAACUUGAUUUCAACAUGUCAUUCACCAUCAGAUGUGUCCAUAGUAACUCGAAAGAUGGAACAAUAACCAGUAUCACUUGUCCAAUUGUAUUGAAAGACUAACAUUACAGUAUGAACUAUGUGGAUAAUUUUGGUCGACUAAAGUCAGACUAUGCUAUUGACAGAAAAAGCAAGAAAUGGUGGAUGAGAUUGUUUCUUCACUUUUUAGACUGCAGUAUGACAAACGCGUUCUUUAUCCACAAAGAAAUCGAAAUGGAGCAGUUCUCCAGUAAAGACUUCCGUCAAGAGGUGUACAAAAUCUUGUUGGCUCCAAAAAUAGUUUCAGUUGCAGCUAAUUUUGCUUCUGUAUCCCAAAGUAGUAUAGCAACCCAAAUCAAAUCACACAAACCAUACGUAGACGAAAGUAUUCGCCACGAAAGCAGUAAACAACCACCAAUUCACUAAUGGUUCAAAUGGCUCUGAGCACUAUGGGACUCAACUGCUGUGGUCAUCAGUCCCCUAGAACUUAGAACUACUUAAACCUAAUUAACCUAAGGACAUCACACACAUCCAUGCCCGAGGCAGGACUCGAACCUGCGACCGUAGCAGUCGCACAGUUCCGGACUGCGCGCCUAGAACAGCGAGACCACUGCAGCCGGCAAUUCACCAAUCAUCUAGAAAAUGCGCAGUUUGCAGUUCAAAGAAAAAUCCAGUGCGAAAAGUGUGGAUGUGUUCAGUGUGCAAGGUACCUUGAUGUCUGAGAGCAGGCAAGAACUAUUUCAAGAGAUACCAAGAAAAUUAAAAACUAGUUAUUUCAAAGUUCAACCACCAAAUAUCGAAUUUGCAUACUGUAAUGGGGUGGUGGUUACCUGUAGUGACCACAUUUAAUGUUAAUAUUUUGUUGUCGUUGUUUA